CCCUCAAACGCCGAAGACCGCUCUCCUCAGAGCUGGGCUUCUUCUGGUCCUCCUCAGUCGGUGACCGGCGGAGCAGCGGGCGAGCUGGGCUGCGGGCGGCCACGCAAUUUCCGCCUGCUCGGCUAUCUCCGGAGCCCGCAGCUGACCGAAAAGGGCCGGAUUUGGGUCCGAGGCAUCAGCAGUAGCAGCGCAAGAAGAAAAGGGCGACGCGACUUCGGGCUGCGAGGCAGAAGAAGAAGAAGAAAAGGAGGAAAAUCCUCCGUCGUCGCCGCCGCCGCCGCCUCCUGAGGCCCGGCCGGUCCGGACCGGGACGGCGCGAGCAGAAGACGAGAAAGAACCGGAGCGGCCCCCCCCUUUCAUCCCACAGAGCGGCCGCGCCGAGUCCAUGAAUGGAAAUCGGCAGCGCAGGAACCGUUGGGGCUCAGCCCCUACUCAUGGUGCCCCGACGACCUGGCUAUGGCACCAUGGGAAAGCCUAUUAAACUGCUGGCCAACUGCUUCCAAGUUGAAAUCCCAAAGAUUGACGUCUACCUCUAUGAGGUGGAUAUUAAGCCAGAUAAGUGUCCUAGGAGAGUGAACAGGGAGGUAGUAGAUUCAAUGGUGCAGCAUUUUAAAGUGACCAUAUUUGGUGACCGUAGACCAGUUUAUGAUGGUAAAAGAAGCCUUUAUACAGCCAAUCCACUCCCUGUAGCAACAACUGGGGUUGAUUUGGAUGUAACAUUGCCAGGAGAAGGUGGCAAAGAUCGUCCCUUCAAGGUGUCCAUAAAAUUUGUUUCCCGGGUAAGCUGGCACCUAUUGCAUGAAGUUCUGACUGGACGAACCUUACCUGAGCCUCUGGAAUUGGACAAGCCAAUCAGCACUAAUCCUGUUCAUGCUGUUGAUGUGGUGCUACGACAUUUACCCUCCAUGAAGUAUACACCUGUAGGCCGUUCCUUUUUUUCUGCUCCUGAAGGCUAUGAUCAUCCGUUGGGAGGUGGCAGGGAAGUCUGGUUUGGAUUUCAUCAGUCUGUUCGGCCAGCAAUGUGGAAAAUGAUGCUGAAUAUAGAUGUUUCUGCCACUGCCUUCUACAAAGCACAACCUGUAAUUCAGUUCAUGUGUGAAGUUCUUGAUAUACACAACAUUGAUGAACAGCCACGACCUUUGACUGAUUCUCAUCGUGUAAAAUUCACCAAAGAGAUAAAGGGUCUGAAAGUUGAAGUGACUCAUUGUGGAACGAUGAGGCGGAAAUACCGUGUCUGUAAUGUUACACGGAGACCUGCUAGUCAUCAGACAUUUCCAUUGCAGUUAGAAAACGGUCAGACUGUGGAGAGAACAGUAGCACAGUAUUUCAGAGAAAAGUACAACCUACAGCUGAAAUACCCUCAUCUUCCUUGCCUACAAGUGGGACAGGAGCAGAAACACACCUAUCUGCCUCUUGAAGUGUGUAACAUCGUGGCAGGCCAGCGAUGUAUUAAGAAGCUUACAGACAAUCAAACAUCAACAAUGAUAAAAGCAACAGCCAGAUCUGCACCUGACAGACAAGAAGAAAUCAGCAGACUGGUGCGAAGUGCAAAUUACGAUGCUGACCCAUUUGUUCAGGAAUUCCAGUUUAAAGUGCGUGAUGAGAUGGCGCAUGUGACGGGGCGUGUGCUCCCAGCUCCCAUGUUGCAGUAUGGAGGGCGGAAUCGAACAGUGGCAACACCAAGCCAUGGUGUAUGGGAUAUGCGGGGGAAACAGUUUCACACAGGUGUGGAAAUCAAGAUGUGGGCUAUUGCUUGCUUUGCAACACAGAGGCAAUGUCGCGAAGAAAUACUAAAGGGUUUCACAGACCAGCUGCGCAAAAUUUCUAAGGAUGCAGGGAUGCCAAUCCAGGGCCAGCCUUGCUUCUGUAAAUACGCCCAAGGUGCUGACAGUGUGGAGCCCAUGUUCCGACACCUUAAAAACACAUAUUCAGGACUCCAGCUCAUCAUUGUCAUCUUGCCGGGAAAGACACCUGUGUAUGCGGAAGUGAAACGUGUGGGGGACACACUUCUGGGGAUGGCUACACAGUGUGUUCAAGUCAAGAAUGUCAUAAAAACGUCUCCUCAGACCCUCUCAAACUUGUGCCUAAAGAUUAAUGUAAAAUUGGGAGGAAUCAACAACAUCCUUGUACCUCAUCAACGACCUUCUGUGUUCCAACAACCAGUGAUCUUCUUGGGAGCCGAUGUUACUCACCCACCUGCUGGGGAUGGAAAGAAGCCUUCCAUUGCUGCUGUUGUAGGUAGUAUGGAUGCUCAUCCAAGCAGGUACUGUGCCACAGUGAGAGUCCAGAAACCCCGCCAGGAGAUCAUCCAAGAUUUGGCCUCCAUGGUUAGAGAACUUCUCAUCCAAUUCUACAAAUCAACACGGUUCAAACCCACACGAAUCAUCUUCUAUCGUGACGGAGUUUCAGAAGGACAGUUUCGACAGGUGUUGUAUUAUGAGCUGCUGGCAAUUAGAGAGGCUUGUAUCAGCUUGGAAAAAGACUAUCAGCCUGGCAUAACAUACAUUGUGGUCCAGAAGAGGCAUCAUACGAGGCUGUUUUGUGCUGAUAGGACAGAAAGGGUUGGAAGAAGUGGAAACAUCCCUGCUGGAACAACAGUAGAUACGGAUAUCACACAUCCUUAUGAAUUUGAUUUUUACCUCUGUAGCCAUGCAGGAAUACAGGGUACCAGCCGCCCCUCACACUAUCAUGUCUUGUGGGAUGACAAUUGUUUUACUGCAGAUGAACUUCAGCUGCUAACUUACCAGCUCUGCCACACCUAUGUGCGCUGCACACGAUCUGUGUCUAUACCUGCACCAGCUUAUUAUGCUCACCUGGUAGCAUUCAGAGCAAGAUACCACCUUGUGGACAAAGAACAUGACAGUGCCGAAGGAAGCCAUGUUUCUGGACAGAGCAACGGAAGAGAUCCCCAAGCCCUCGCUAAGGCUGUACAGAUUCACCAAGACACCUUACGCACCAUGUACUUUGCUUAGCUAUAUAUAAAAUAGAGAUAGAUAUAUAUAUAUUAAAAAAAAUGAGAUGGAACCUGUUCACGAAAGAAAGAACUGCAGAAUUAAGUCACAUACAGUGUAUGUUUCCAGAGCAAUCGGUGAAUGGGGGAGGGAGCAGCUCUGCCUUGCUGAAGCUGAUUUCUGUUUUUGUGGGGACGGGGAGCAGGCCUUAUCCUUGUCCUGAUGCAAGGAAGAUUGUUUACUUCACCAAGAACACGCCACUUAUUAUGCAAUAUGAAACCAGCCAACUGCUUUCGGAGCAGCUUCCUAUGGGAAGUGCUGCUGUCAUCAUCUUUUCCUUUGUGCGUUUGGGUCUCUGUGUUUCUUUUUCGGGGUUGGGGGGAAGGGAGGGAGGGAGGAGGAGGAGUCUAAAUCCUUUUUAUGCCUUUACCUCAAGUUGCUCAGCAGCACAACUCUUUCUGCAAAAAAAUUUAAAAAACCCACAACAACAACAACAUAAAGGUUAUUAAAACUUAUAGGAGCAAUGCAAGUGAUGUUGAGGUGGGAGUGGGUUGGUGGGUGUGCAAAAGUGUUUUUGUCUGUUUUGUACCCUUGCGGGGGUUGCAUACGGCUUCCCCUCCAUGGUUGUCUGUGCUUGAAUGCAAGCAGAACAAGUGUUACUUUGUGUGAACGGCCCCAUCGUUAUUGUGGGAAAGAGUGUGCGCACUUGCACUUAAUACUUCCCUGUGUAGUUUAGCCAACUGCUGCCUUUCAUGUCUGUCUGCAUAGCUUGGGAGUCGCACCACUCCAUUUGCUUUCCAUCAUGGAACUAAAUUUGCCAUGUACUUUUCUCCCAGAAGUACUGAUACAGCCUGGCCAGUCUAAUGAUGUUGUUGCUUUCUGCUUGUCCAGAAGUUCCAGCUAAUUUUCCCUCUUGUGUGUUGUACCUGUAUCUUCCAAGCUUCUUGCGACAUCCUAUGUUCCUUCGUUUCACUAGGUGGCACGUCGUGAUGAAGUAGAGAGUUGAGUUAUUUUUGUUUUGUUUUUUUUAAAAAAGGAGACAGAUUUGUUGAAUGGCUUCCUCUCACUUUAAUGUGACCGCGCAUAUCUAUAUGUGUACUCCCCCCCUUUUAUAUUUAUUAGACAAAUAACAAUGCUUUAAUUUAAGUGGGCAACCUGGGUUUUUAUGUUUAGAGACAUAACUAUUUUGUUUAAAGGACUGACAACCUGUUUUUGCUACCUUUUUAGUGCAAUAAGCCGUUAAAGGAAUAAUAAUAAUAAUAAUCUGUCCAUUUUUGCUGCAGCAGCAUUUUACACCUUUCAUGAUGGAAAAAUGGAUGUAUCUGGGCUUUUAAACAAACAAAAUUAGCCUCAAUUUUGAAAGGAAAGCCUUAAAGUAGGGGAUUUUUCUUUUUUUUUUUAAAUCAAAAAGGCAAACUCCUUAAUGCUGCUCUUUGUCUCCAGCGUUUAAUGCUGCCUUGUAAUGCAGGACUUCUGUUUGCUGAACCUUUAUUUUAUGAGUAUUUUUCAUCUACAGCAAAGCCUUUUACAGAAGCCUAACUCUUGUCCCGAUGAAAUCAGGCCAAGCCUAAAAUGCAGGUGGGCGGGAGAGAGUGUUUAAGAAGCUAUUUUUUGAUUGUGUAGGCUUUUUGUUUUGAAAUUGAGUGCGCUAUUUUGUUUGGUGGGAUACAUUUUAGAAAUGAGAUCACUGAAUGUGAAUCUGGUAAGUGGGCCUCUCUCUGUUUCAUUCCACUUGACAUCCGAAGCAAAGUAUUUUAUUGUCAGAGGUGAACAUUUUGACUCAAUGGCAGGGUUUGGGGAAACAUUUUGCACUUUGUAAACACGUGAACUGCAGUUUUGUCUGCUUUAUUUGCACUGGUUUUAUAUUAUAUAUGCAGAGACGCGUGCUUGCAGAUGGUUCAUUUGGGCAUUGUUGAAUAACCCAGCCCUGCUGAAACAAACCAAGCCAUCUCCACGUGAAAACCAUUUGACUGGUUGAAGUAUGUUUACUUACCUCCAUGUUGCGUUUAAAAGAGCCCGCUCUUUUUGCCAAUCUCUUGUACGGAGAGUUGAUUAAUCUGAGCCCAUUUUGCUCCCCCAACCAUGAUCCUUUAACCUUCUGCCAUGUUUUAAAGGAUAGGUUUGGAUUUCUGUAGGAUGGUGUCUCAAAGUGCAUUUACCACACAUCUGGCCUAGCAGAGUUUAUUCCGAUUCGCAGGGAAGGGACACAAUUUGAAUACACUUAAAAUCGCUUUGAUUAGGGAAGCUGUUCGCUUGGGUUACAAGUAAACUCCAAGCCUGAAAAGUGUCUUAGUUGAGGAUGUGUUAUGUACUGGGCUUACCUUUGCGUUCUCAGCAUGACUCCAGGGAAGGCAGCACAGGGAAGUUCAGGCUUUGGGAGAUUUCUUCACAUUUGUCUAUCAUGUCUUUGUCCAAAGAAAACAUGCCCCAUUUAUCAAUCUAGGCUGUCCAACCUCACUGGAGCUCAAUGCAAGUUUUAUAAUACCAAUAGAAGAGAAUACUUGGAGCUCAGGAUUGAACUAUGGGGUCCUUAGUGCUUUCUGAGCUUGGUUGUUUCCUUGCAGACGUUUCAUGACUCAACUAGGUCACAUCUAGUUCCCUCCCUCUCUAGCACUGACGAUGUUACCCUAGUUGGGUUAUGAAACAUCUGCAAGGAAAUGACCAAGCUCAGAAAGCACCCCAAGGACCCCGCAGUUUUAUUGUUCUGGGUGAACCUAUGGUAAAGCGAUAGCAUGUUUUCAUAAACACAUUACUCUUUUUUUUUUUUUUAAGAAAUUGCCACUUCAGUGGGAAUUCAUGCCCUAAACUAUUUUCCAAGUUAGCUUUUUAGAAGCACUUUAAAAAUGUUACUUUGGACAUUUGAGUUUUGCUUCCUUUAAAAAAAAAGUUGUUUACAUCUUGAUGCAGUAUGAUAUAUAUUUCUUAUUCUGUUCCAAUUGUUAAGCAGAUUAAUUUGCAAACCUUGCCUGUCAGUUUCCUCCUUCCUGCCAAGUCAAAGGCCGCCAGGAAAGCAUCUUUUCAAUUCAUGCAGAGUGCUAACGCAGUGAAAUGGUUUUCAUGUGGAGGGGAUCUGCUAAUUUAAGAACCAAACCUGGCAACAUUGGAGUUGUGAAACUAUCUUUGUAAAGUGCCGAUAAACAUUCUUAGUACAAUAUCAAAGUAUUGGCAUUGGGUGCCACACUUCUUACAAUACUAUAGCUGCUAUAUUUAUUUAAAUGGACUUGGACAAUGACUGCAUGAGGCCAGAGAAAAGCAGGAAUUCAGGCUUGUGUUUAAGAUGUGAGGUUCUGAUUUUCUGUUUUGUAAUGGUAUGAUAUAACAAGGGGUGCUGUUUUAACCAAGAUUAUGAAACAGACAGAUAUUAUUCUUUUGUUUUUAAAAGACUUAAGAUAUUUUUUGAUGUUGCAAUGGA